CACCAUUUGUGAGCAACUGCAAGAUCAGAGGAAUGGAUCGAACUCGGAGCAAGAAACUUAUUGGCAACCCAACGGCAUCUUUUCUGGCCCCAGACCUGAGUCCUUGACCCCUUUUAAGGACAAAUCACUGGGGAGGGAAGAGAAUUUGACUUCGGGUGACUAAUUAACUUCCAUUUCGCUUCUCCCUUCUUCUUUUCUCCUUCAAAGAACUCAGAAGCAACUUCCAUCCUCCAGAAGAUUUGCAAUUUUGCAAAUUUGCAAGGGGCAGCAAGAGCUGGAAUGGGGAACAAACUGCAUUUUUGGACCACAUUCUUUACGACAACUUUAUGCUUCCUGUUCCUGCUCUACCCACCCUGGAACUAUGCAAAGAAGCGCUGGAGAAGACAACUGAAGGCUUCACCACUGAAGCUGGUGGAGAAAUACGAUGACUAUGAGGACUCUCUUCAUCCCCAUAGCAUACAUUACCAAAAGAAUGACCAGUGCCCACCACCAUCACAGACCUUACCAGAAAGAGCAUGUGAAGCACCCAGCUGCCGAUCGGAUUCAGAGUGCGAGAAGCACAAACGUUGUUGCUACAAUGGAUGCAUCUAUGCCUGCCUAGAAUCAGUGCCACCACCCCCAGUUUUAGAUUGGCUGAUUCAGCCCAAGCCCCGCUGGUUGGGUGGAAAUGGCUGGCUGCUGGAUGGACCAGAAGAAGUUCUACAAGCUGAAACAUGCAGCACCACGGAGGAUGGGGAUGACCCACUGCAUUGUCCAACAGGGUUUGAAUGCCACAUCAUUCAUCCUGGCAAUGCGGCCGAGGGCAUCCCCAACCAGGGGCAGUGCAUCAAGCUACGUGGGAACUCUGAUGGGUGGAACCUAAGACCCAAAUACUACAAGGAGUAUUUAGGACGCAGUUCCAAUAACGUGGUGGGUUACGUGAAGCAAACACAGAAACACCUUGGUUAAUUCAAGCCACAACUUAAAGAGAAUUCUUCUGACUGGUCACGUGUGAUGCCAAAGGGACAAUAAUAAAGUCGGAUGGGCAAAGAAUAACCAUUACCAAGUGAUAAUAAGCUAGGAGAACAUAAGUUUUUAAUCUGUU